ACCGCAUACACGUGCAUGAGGGUCAAAUACAUUUGAUUUGAGGGGGGAAAUGAAAUUUGAAAAUAUGUAUCAUGGCAUAAAAUGCAAAAUUUCUGUGCACUGAAAAGAUAAAACAGGAGAUUCCAACAAAAUUCAGGCACUGUGGGUGGUGGGGAGAAACUUAUCCUUCAAUCUUGUUGCCGCCGGGGGUGCAAACAACACUGCUGUCAGACAGAGUUCUAACGGUUUGGAUUAUUGCAUUUCUAACUGGGUGGACUUAGCAUUUCGUACUUGUACUCUUCUGUACAAGUACACAGGAUGGUGAAAACUUCUGAGGCUAGACUGUGUUGAAGAAGCAGUAACACCGCGCAUCAGGCCGACUCUGAUGAGGAAGGAAGAUGCACAGAAAUUAAGGCAGCAGAUAAUGGCGGCAGCUCCAGGGGAUCCUGGACUCUCCAAAUUGCAGUUCGCCCCCUUCAGCAGUGCCUUGGAUGUCGGAUUCUGGCAUGAGUUGACCCAGAAGAAACUGAACGAAUAUCGGCUAGAUGAAGCCCCCAAGGACAUCAAGGGUUAUUACUACAAUGGUGAUUCUGCUGGGCUGCCAGCUCGCUUAACAUUGGAGUUCAGUGCAUUUGACAUGAGUGCUCCCACCCCAGCCCACUGCUGCCCAGCUGUUGGAACACUAUAUAAUACCAACACACUCGAGUCUUUCAAGACUGCAGAUAAGAAGCUCCUUUUGGAACAAGCAGCAAAUGAGAUAUGGGAAGCCAUAAAAUCGGGUGCUGCUCUUGAAAACCCUGUAUUCCUCAACAAGUUCCUCCUCUUGACAUUUGCAGAUCUAAAGAAGUACCACUUCUACUACUGGUUUUGUUUUCCUGCCCUGUGUCUUCCAGAGAGUAUACCUCUCAUACAAGGGCCAGUGGGUUUGGAUCAACGGUUUUCACCAAAACAGAUUCAUGCCCUUGAGUGUGCAUACGACAAUCUUUGUCAAACAGAAGGAGUCACAGCCCUUCCUUACUUCUUAAUCAAGUAUGAUGAGAACAUGGUGCUGGUUUCCUUGCUUAAGCACUACAGUGAUUUCUUCCAAGGUCAAAGGACAAAGAUAACAAUUGGUGUAUAUGAUCCCUGUAACUUAGCCCAGUACCCUGGAUGGCCUUUGAGGAAUGUUUUGGUCCUAGCAGCCCACAGAUGGAGUAGCAGUUUCCAGUCUGUUGAAGUCCUCUGCUUCCGUGACCGCACCAUGCAGGGGGCGAGAGACAUUGCCCACAGCAUCAUCUUCGAAGUGAAGCUUCCAGAAAUGGCAUUUAGCCCAGAUUGUCCUAAAGCAGUUGGAUGGGAAAAGAACCAGAAAGGAGGCAUGGGACCGAGGAUGGUGAACCUCAGCGAGUGUAUGGACCCUAAAAGAUUGGCUGAGUCAUCAGUGGAUCUAAAUCUCAAAUUGAUGUGUUGGAGAUUGGUCCCUACUUUGGACUUGGACAAGGUUGUGUCCACCAAAUGUCUGCUGCUUGGAGCUGGCACCUUGGGUUGUAAUGUAGCCAGGACGUUAAUGGGUUGGGGCGUCAGACACAUCACAUUUGUGGACAAUGCCAAGAUCUCCUACUCCAAUCCUGUGAGGCAGCCUCUGUAUGAGUUUGAAGAUUGCCUAGGAGGCGGUAAGCCCAAGGCUCUGGCUGCAGCAGACCGGCUCCAGAAAAUAUUCCCGGGAGUGAACGCUAGAGGGUUCAACAUGAGUAUCCCCAUGCCUGGACAUCCGGUGAACUUCUCCACUGUCACCUUGGAGCAAGCCCACAGGGAUGUGGGGCAACUGGAGCAACUCAUCGGAAGUCACGAUGUCAUUUUCCUAUUGAUGGAUACCAGGGAGAGCCGGUGGCUUCCCACUGUUAUCGCUGCAAGCAAGAGAAAGCUGGUCAUCAAUGCUGCCUUGGGAUUUGACACAUUUGUUGUCAUGAGACAUGGCCUAAAGAAACCAAAGCAUCAGGGAGCCGGGGACUUGUGUCCAAGCCACCCUGUGGCAUCUGCUGACAUCCUGGGCUCAUCACUUUUUGCCAACAUUCCUGGUUACAAGCUUGGCUGCUAUUUCUGCAAUGAUGUGGUGGCCCCAGGAGAUUCCACCAGAGACCGGACCUUGGACCAGCAAUGCACCGUGAGUCGCCCGGGACUGGCCAUGAUUGCAGGAGCCUUGGCGGUGGAACUGAUGGUUUCUGUUGUGCAGCAUCCAGAAGGGGGCUAUGCCAUUGCCAGCAGCAGUGACGAUCGCAUGAAUGAGCCUCCAACCUCUCUAGGGCUUGUGCCUCACCAGAUCCGGGGAUUUCUGUCACGGUUUGAUAAUGUCCUUCCUGUCAGCCUGGCAUUUGACAAAUGUACAGCUUGUUCUUCCAAAGUUCUUGAUCAGUAUGAACGAGAAGGAUUUAAUUUCCUAGCCAAGGUGUUUAAUUCUUCACAUUCCUUCUUAGAAGACUUGACCGGUCUGACAUUGCUGCAUCAAGAGACCCAAGCUGCUGAGAUCUGGGACAUGAGCGAUGACGAUACCGUCUGAGACAGCCCCUCCCUGGCCACCUGCUGAAGAGUGCUUGGUCCGGAGCAGGACUGGUGAUGCUGGGCUGGUGCCUCCAACCUGCUUGGUCCCUGCUCUCCAGGCCUGAAGGACUGGAGCCCCUUCCGUUGCCCAGGAGCUCCCAGUGUUCUGCGUUUCUCAUGAUUCAUGAUCCUGCUAGUUCUGAACUAAAUAAUAACCGUGGCUUUGAAAUUGCCAUUCAUCUGCGUCUUGGUUCUCUCCGUGUGCAGUUCUGUUUUUCUUACUGCUACAAAUGUUUGAUACGAGUUCCCAGGAUGCUUUCUCCUUGACCCCCAGAGAUUGGCAGUGAGGGAGCACUUUGGCCCAACACAGACCAAAUGGGGAAAAGAUGGGACACCAGCUUCUGCCUGGAGCCCUUGUGGGGAGGCAGGGCUCAGCCCCCAGGCUCUACUGUGGACUCCUCCCAUCCUGGUCUCCCGUGUCCCCUCACCUGUGGAGGCCUUCAGAAGACCUCACACAUGUCCCAGUGACCCCAGCAUUCCACCAAGCAUAGGCUAAGCUGUCUGCCUCUCAGCCUGUCCUCUGCUGUGGACAUAACUGGGCCUGCUCAAAGGAAGGACAAAGUCUCAGGCCAGACCCAGGCAGCUGCCUGGGUAGGAGGCUCCUCCCUGCCCCUGUGGGCUCACAAGGCCGAGAGAAGGCUUAGCUGCCUGCCUUCUCCACCUCGCUGGUGGCUUGGACGCCCUAAUGCCAGUGUGGGGUGGCUGUCCAUGUGUGUCUGUCUCCACUGAGGGGUCAGAGGGCUCAACCACAAAAAGUUAUUUGGGCCAGGGCUGGUUUGCCUCUCCCUCCUGGAUUUGUGUGUAAGGCCCAUAGAGCUGGGUGUGGAAACCAAAGGGCACAUCCUUAGUGUCUAUGACCGGGUGUAAGAUGUCAUUGUCCCUGCAGUGGCACAGGAGUCAGCGGUACCCUUUCCAUACUUUUUAUUCUUACGGCUUUUAAAUUUUGUCUCAGGACCAAAACCAGAGUCUGGGGCUGACUCUUACAACAAUAAGACUUCUGUAGGGUGUAUGUAUUUAUUUUUUUUUUGAGACAGUCACUCUGACAUCAUAGCUCACAACAACCUCAAACUCUUGGGCUUGAGCAAUCAUCUUGCUUCAGCCUCUCGAGUACCUAGGACUACAGGCAACCACCACAGCACCCGGCAAGUUUUUCUCUUUUUAGUAGAGAUGGGGUCUCACUCUUGCCCAGGCUGGUCUGGAACUCCUGAGCUCAAGCAGUCCACCCACCUUGGCCUCCCAGAGGUGCUAGGAUUACAGGCUAGAGCCACUCAGUCCAGCCUGUAGGGUAGAUGUAAGAAGAUUCUUCUUCUAAAGUAGAAAGCAAAUAUUACUGUUUUCCACUAUACAUCAGGACCACUGAAUCUGCCUCCUACCCCAGGGCCUUGUACCGAAGCUCUGGGGGCCGCUGCCCACCCGGCCUGGUGUGCUCCCUCCAGGACUGAAGAGGCACACACAGUCUGUGGUUUAAGAGCACUUUAUUAUUGUUCUUAAGGCUACUUUUAAGUACAAAAAAAAAGAUGGCCUGCCAAACCUUUUUUUUUCUUCUUCCAGGAAAAACAGGCCACAGAGAAUGGUAUAUUACAGAUUUACAAACAUGGAGAGGAGGGUCGGAACGCACUGCAGAUGGCGCGGCUCUGGGAAGGACUGCACGGAGCCCCUUCUAACGCAGGGAGGACCCUCUCUCUCAGGGACAGGUUUGGUUUUCUGCUGCCUCCUCUGCCUCAGGCCCCUCCAGGGUACUGCCUAUUCCAGAUAGGUCAGUGCACUAAGGACCCUGCUGUCAGCACCGCAGACCCCUCCCAAAGUGGUGACCUCGCUCACUGACGAGAGGACUGUCCCGGGAGCACCCCCCACCAAGCCGGUCAGCAGCGGGCGGUUCUCCCACUACGACGCUCGGCAGCCUGUGGCAGUAACCAACCAGUGGCUGUUAAUGCAGACGCGGUGUUCUCAUAGAGUAACUGUGUGUUCCUGCACUUACAGACAAAUCUAUGACAAAAAAAGAUCAACUUUUUUUCCAAACAACAAAAAAAAUGAUUACAAUAGGAAAGGGAAAAAUUAAAUAGCUACAUAUCAUUAACAAAUUAAUUGUUCUUCAAAAAAUACCUACAAAUUUCUCUGUACAUUCUUUACGCACAGCGUAAUGAUGGUCUUAAAGUUACCUAUAUAAAAAAAGUGUUCUCAAUGAUUUUUUUCCUACAGAAAAUAUAGGGGCCUGAAUGCCAAAGCUUGGAAGCCCAGUAAAGUGGGAGUGAAAUGUGUGCAGGGUGAGAGGAAAAGGGCUUUUCUUCUGCUUUUUGAAAGGCCUGCAGCCACCUUGUGCCAGUCCUCCAACCUUUCUAUUUGGUGCCAAUUUCCAAAAUUGAGCAGCUAAGCUGGAUUCUUCUCAUACUGAAAACCAGCCCGUCCAACCUCCCAUGUGCGGUGGCCACAUCCACAUCACCUGGUCAGGUGCCUCAUGGGAAGCCCUCUGGUGGGCCAGGCUGUGUGCAGACACUGCAAGGGCAGGGAAUUGAAACGCUCAUGACCAAUGAACAGCCACUGUGGACUGCCACAGCCAUCUGUCACGCUCGCUGCUUCACCUAAUUUCUAGUUAGUAGCUAGUAAUAUAGCAAACAAUAAUAAAUGCAGUAAUAACUGUAUAAAGUCAUAGGAAUGUAUACUGCCUUGGCCCCAGUGUACGAGGAAGCAUACAAAAUACCAUAUCACAGAUUGUCAGGAAUCUGACGUGCAGCUAAGAGAGUUCAAAGGCAGCAGUUUCUGCAUCGAGGGAAGUUGGAAGACACAAACUCCACCUCCCCUGCGUUCCUGCAACAAAGCAGACAGGGAUGCAAAAAACAAGUGAUGAUGUCGUCAGCCUGCAGCCAAAACUCCAGCAUCCUACACCGAAGCCGGCUGACUGCUCAACUGCCCACUGCCAGAGCCUGCCAGGAGCUGGCUGUCCCCGGCGCCACUUGUGAGUAAAGUGAACAUCAAAUACAAAUCUUAGAGUACAACUGUACCAGCAGUAAGUAUAUCUAGGACUGUAACUGACAAAAAUAAACUAAUUCUGAAAAGAAGAUAGUAAGUAUUAAGGUUUUUGUUUACUGUCUACACAGUUAAUAGAAACCAGCUAUUUUUUUUUUCUCCAUUAAAACAUGCAUCAUGUUUAAAGCACUAUGGAAUCCUCCAGCCUCAGCUCUAGUCUAACAAACUGCAGUGUUCGGAGAAGGUAAAAUGCCCGUGAUUGGGAGAGUCUGCAGUCCAGUUGCAAGCACCUGAAAUCUAGAGAAAGACCUAUAACCUGUAUGAGACUUCCCCUUCCAAAGCCGUUUUGUCUAAAUUUAAACAACAACAAAACACAAAUGGUCAGAAAUGUCAUCCUUAAACACUUUGUUUUUCAGCAGUUUGCCCUCAGAGUCCUAGCAUCACACCCAAGUUGUCAGGCAGGCAACUCUAGUCUCCCCAGUAGUGCAAAUCAGACACGACAGUUCUCUUCAAGUACACACACACACACACGGACCAAACCGAACACGCCACGGAAGCUGAGCCACACACACCCAGUCUCAAGAAGCAAA